AUGGAGGUGAGCAGCUUCCAGCCUCACCCCGGACUUCAGCAAACUCUGAAGCAGUUCCAUCUGAGCUCCAUGCGCUCCCUGAGCGGACCGGCGUCGUUCUCCGCCCGCUGGCCGCACCAGGAGUCCCUGUUCAAGGACCCCAAAGCCGAGCUGGUGCUCAGCCUGCCGGCCCACACCCCGCCGCUCAUGUCCGGGCCGCUCUUCAUCCCGUCGGACCGCUCCACGGAGCGCUGCGAGACGCUUCUGGAGCGCGAGCCCAUCUCCUGCUUCGUGGUGGGCGGCGAGAAGCGGCUGUGCCUGCCGCAGAUCCUGAACAGCGUGCUGCGGGACUUUUCCCUGCAGCAAAUCAACUCGGUGUGCGACGAUUUGCACAUUUACUGCUCCCGCUGCACGGCCGACCAGCUGGAGAUCCUCAAAGUGGUGGGCAUCCUGCCCUUCUCGGCGCCCUCCUGCGGUCUCAUCACGCAGACGGACGCCGAGCGUCUGUGCAACGCGCUCAUCUACGGCGGUUCGUACCCACCUCGCCGCGGGGGAGGAGGCAAGGAGCGCGGUGGCACCAGCGGCGGAUGCCGCGGCGGUGCCCUCCCGGAGCUGGAGCGCACCGAGGCCAGCUUCCGGGUGUACCACGAGUGCUUCGGCCGCUGCAAGGGCUUACUUGUGCCGGAGCUUUACUCGGGCCCCGGGGCAGCCUGCGUGCAGUGCCUGGACUGCAGGCUCAUGUUCCCUCCCAAGAAGUUCGUGGUGCACAGCCACAAGCGGCUGGAGAACCGGACCGUGCACUGGGGCUUCGACUCGGCCAACUGGCGGGCCUACGUACUGCUGGACCCGGACUACGGCGGCAAGGAGGAGAAAGCGAGGCUGGAGCAGCUGCUCAGGGACUUUAAGGGCAAAUAUGACUUGAGCGCCAAGAUGGCCGUGAAGACGUGUAGAUCGCCGAGUCCUGUCACAGCCAAGCGACCCAAACUGGAAAAAUUGCAAUCUCCGUCAGCUGACGAGGAACGCAAAGCCGAGUGGUUGCAGGCUUUGUCCAGGUCCACGCACAAGGAGCUGAAACAAAUCCAGCUCAAGCAGAGACCUUCAGCGUUCCGGCCUUGGUCUCCAAAAGGCUCGGAGCGAGAGAAAGGAGCAGUUCAGAGCCAGCAGGAGAGAUGUAAUUUAAAGAGUCAGGAGACUUUGGCACAAGCUCCAGCAAAUCUUCUGGUACUUCCUGGAGAUAGCUAUGCUCCUGGCAGGGGGACUCCGACGAUCCAAGGAGGGCAAAAUGGCACAUCCCAUCGCGACGAUAUGGACACGGAUGGAGAGAUUGAUGUGGAUGACUGUGAUGAUCGUCCACUGCCAGCAUCUUCCCUGGCUUCACCCCCCUCAGCAUGCAGCAGUACCCCUCAAACUCAAACCCCCCAGACCAGGGGCAGCUCUCCACCUCGGGAGGCGCCGACCUGGCUGUCAGGACCCAUCUGCCCCGAGGUAGACGCUCUCAGACAGACGCUGUACGCUGGUGUGGACACCAAAGAGGCUCGAGAGAAACUCCUGCAGGAGGUGGUCAAGAUGAGGCUGAAGCAAGAAGAGAAGCUGGCCGCCGCCGUACAGGCAAAACGUAGCCUUCAGCAGGAAUUGGAGUUUGUGAAGGUGGCCAAGAAGGGCCGCCUCCGCGAAGCUGUGGAGGCAAAAAGGAACCUCCGAAAGGAGAUCGAGCGCCUCCGCGUGGACUGGGAGAGAAAGACCAGAGAAGCGGAGGAAGCGUGCGGCAGGCUCAAGAAAGAACUGGAACAUGAGAGGAAGCAGAGAGGCUGCGACAAAGGAUGCGAGGCCGAGCGACUUCGCGUCAAGUAUUCCGCACAGAUGGACGAGCUGCACUCUCAGCUGCAGCAGGCCGAGGCGGACCGCGACCAGCUGCGUCGGGAACUACGGCAGGAACGAGAGGCACGCCAGAACCUUGAAACCGCCGUUCGAGACCUGCAGUCCCAGCUGGCGGCUCAGGACACUACGCCUCAAAGUGCUCCGUCCUAA